CUUCUUCCGCCGUUUCCCCUCUGUCUGCCACCCUCAGGGGGCUUUCUUCCUUCGCGCUUCAACGUCUCGCUGCCGCGGCGGCUCCAUCUGUAGCUUCGCUCUCCGAAUGUCCCCCGGGCUCCCCGCGGUUGUCGGGCUCCAAAGGAGACCGAGGGGUUUAGGCCGAAGCCUCGGCCUUGUCUAGUGCACUCCCCGGCGGUGGGGCGCCUGAGCACGGCGGCAUUGCGAAUGCGGUUCGCAAUCAUCAUUAUCAUAAGUCACAAUGGACGGGCACCGCAAUGGGAUGAAAGGAGGAGGCAGAGGGGAACACGGAGUGAGAAGCUCCCGCGUCUCCGCCGACUUCGUCGCCGACCUCUCGCUGCCUUCUCCUUCGCCCUGCGACCCCGCGGCCCUCCAUCACGGAGCCCCCGGGGGGCCCCCCCCCUCGCCUCCCCCGGCCCCCGGGGGCCCCCCCCUCCUGCUCCCACUCUCUGUGGUGGGAGGAGCAGGGGGGGGCGGGGGACCCCCCGCGGGCUCCACGCUGCCCCCCGAGUGGAGGAAGACGGCAGCUGCCUUCGUCUACGCCGUGUCCGCGCUCGUGGCCACCAGCGUGGCCAUCGCCGUAGUGCACGAGCGCGUGCCGGACAUGGAGGUGUCCCCUCCGCUGCCCGAUGUCUUCUUUGACCGCGUCGACCGUGUGAAGUGGGCAUUCUCUGUCUGCGAGAUCAACGGCGUCAUCCUGGUCUCCAUGUGGUUCAUACAGUGGGCGUGUCUCACCCACAGGUCUAUCAUCGGCCGUCGCUACUUCUUUAUUAUCGGCACGCUGUACCUGUACCGCUGCGUCACCAUGUACAUCACCACCCUACCCGUGCCUGGACGGCACUUCCACUGCAGCCCAAAGGUGCUGGGCGACGUGGAGCUGCAGAUGAGGCGCGUGAUGAAGCUGAUCGCGGGCGGUGGACUCAGCCUCACGGGCGCGCACACUCUAUGUGGGGACUACCUCUAUAGUGGGCACACCGUAGUGCUCACCCUCACCUGCCUUUUCGCCCAGGAGUAUUCCCCCCGACGCUGGCUUUGGUACCGGGUUCUCUGUUUCCUGCUGGCGGCGAGCGGCAUAGUGGCUAUCUUGGCAGCGCACGACCACUACAGCAUCGACGUGCUGGCCGCGUACUACGUGACGACGCGCCUGCAUUACACCUACCACAGCAUGGCCAGCACGACCGAUCUCAAGUCGCGGGGGUCUGGGAACUGGUUCAGGAAGCUUUGGUGGUUCCGCAUUUUCCUCAUACUGGAGGGGAACGUCUCUACCAGUGUUCCCCUGCGCUUCUCCCUGCCCAUGCUGAACGCGGGGAGGAGAGGGAGGUACACGAGGGUAGAGAUGGCGUGAGGCAUGCAGGGGGAGACGCGUGAGACACGGGGAGGUGGGGGCAGACGCAGGGAGAAGGGGAAAACAUGGG